AUGGCCCAUUAUGGCAGUAUCGACGGCCAACUGACUGGUCUCCACUGGGCCGCGUACUACCUCGACCCGAUUGCAAAUGCGCGUAGCGACGGUAGCGUGACGGUAGCAUCAGAACGGACGUUCUCUGCAGCUCCAACGGCACAUGAGGUCUUCCUUGUUAUCGGUCGAGCAGAAGUCAUAUAA